GCAUUUUUCCGAACAUCUGAAGUUAUUUUUUAUUACUGCUUGCGUAGAUAUGCCAAGGAGAAAAAUCACUGAAAUUUUACAAACGCGGCAACGCGAUCGCCAACCAAACGUGUGUGCAAGAAAUUUUCGCUCGAUCAGAAAUUAUGAUAAAGUGAGAAAUAUUGCAUACCAGCAGUGUUUUGAUACGAAAUUUAUAAUACAAAAAAUGAGUACUGGUUGAUGAGAAAAUACAAAGAAUUUUUGCACAAAAAAAAAAAAGAUUUAGAACUUUUGAGUGCUGCGAUCACUUCUUGUGCAACAUCGCAGCCGAAGAAAAGAAAAACAUAAUUAUAGCAACGAAAGGUGGUAAUCAAACGCGCAAACAGCCGCUACGCCACGUACAAAAAUACACACAACUAGCUACGGUCUCGUACCGCUUUGUGUCGACGGCAUACCAGCAAAGUGCAUACUUCAUUUCCUUCUUACGCCCCGCAAGCCGCCAAAAUUAUCACCCACAAUUCUUUGAGCGUGUACGGUGGCGGCGUCAUGUGCGCCUCACCGUCCACCGCUCCCGGCUUCUUCAAUCCACGCCCGCAGUCCAGCGCCGAGCUGUCCGCCUUCGAUCUCGGCCUGCCGCGCUCAAUGGCAUUGGGCGUACCGCCACCCUCCGCAUGGCACGAUCCUAAUCUCGGUGGACAUCUGCACGCCUCCGCUGGUCCCGGCUCGUUGCCCGGCGCGGGUGGCAGCUCCGUGGGUACCGGCGGCGGCACAACACCAUCCAGCGUCGCCAGCCAACAGUCGGCGGGCAUCAAGCAGGACCUUUCCGGGCUCGGUGGCGCGGGGGGCCAAUCGAACACACUCAACCAAAGCGGACAUCAUACAAUCAAAGAGGAUCUCUCCAGUCUGACAGCUGCCUCGGCGGCAGCUAGCGCGGCGGCACACCACGCGGCGGCAGCACAUCAUGCAGCGGCGGCGGCGCAACAGAAUCACGGACAGGAGCUCGGCGUCAUGAUCAAAGGCCAACAAGCGGCGUCUAAUUGCUUGGGCGGCGGCAGUGCGGCGGGCGGUGGAGGAGGUGGUGGCGGCGGCGGCGGCGGUGGCAGUACAACGCCUAGUUCUCAGGCGAAUAGCCUGCAUUCGCAGAGUAGCAACAGCGACUCCAAACAAAAUAUGGACUGCAAGCAGAACAUCGAGUGUGUGGUGUGCGGGGACAAGAGCUCCGGCAAGCACUAUGGACAGUUCACCUGCGAAG